AUGAAAAUUCAGAUGCAAAGACCCAUAGUCCGCAUUCCUUUACCUCCUGCAGCAACCCACCAAACCCUGGCCUCGAAGAUCUUCUCCUUUUGCUGCUGGGACUGUGCAGAACCUGUCAUUGAGAGCUCCAAGAGUCCCAGUCAAACUCAAGAGAUCCAGGCACCAACCUACAGUAGCCUCAAGAUGCGGAAGAAUGAGUUAAGCAAAGAAAAUCUCAAGCGCAUUAAUGCACAGUCCCUCAUUGGCCAAGAUAAGAAAUGCUCCUCCAGCAGCAGUGAUUUGGAAGAGCUGACUGCAUACAAUAUACAAACAGGAUACCCUAAAAAAAAUCUAAACCUCUACUACCAGAAAUACUGGGCCUUCCAGCCAUGCCUCAUCGGGAGACCCUGA